AUGAACCACAUGCGCGGCCUCGUCUCCACGGCACAGGCCUUGCGUCAGACCUUUAUCACUCCUCUUCGCACUCCCACAGUCUCCCUUGUGCAGUCAUACUCUCUCCGGAAUGGAUUCCAGCCACGUUACUUCCACCAGUGCCCCCGCCUCGCGCUGCCUGUCGUACGAACACCGAAUGCUCCGACACAGAUCAAGGACGAAGCUAUUGGCACUCGGCUUGUGCAGCUAGUCGACGAGGAGCAAAACCUCAUGCCUCCCCGCCGACUAGCCGAAGUUCUCGAUUCCUUUGACCGCAGCAAGUUUUUCCUGCUACAAGUCUCCCCUGCCGAAGACGAACGACCGCCUGUCUGCAAAAUCCUGAACAAGAUGGAGGCCAAGCAACAUGAGAAGGCCAAAGCCAAAUCUGCAAAGGCUGGAAAAGUACAAACAAAGCAGAUUGAGCUGAACUGGGCCAUUGACGCCCAUGACCUGUCGCACCGUUUGAAGCAGUUGACCAACUUCCUGGAGAAGGGUCGGAAAGUGGAGGUGAUCAUGAAGCGGAAGAAGGCCAAGCGCUCACCCACUGUGGAUGAAAUCAAGCAGGUCAUUCAGAGUGUACUGGAUACUACGAGGGAAGCUGGUGGUACCCAAGUCAAGGCAAUGGAGGGAGAGCCAGGCAAGCAGGUGAUGAUUACGGUCAAAAAGGAGACCUAA